GAUGUUUAUCAAGGUAGCCCCGCCAAGAUUGAGCUCACCCCUAGCGAUCGAUGACCUCAGGAAGCGCAUUAUUGCACCGCUUAUUUCAGGCCCAGUGCCGCCACCUCAGCACCUCCACCUUUCCUCGUUUCCCUUCGGAGCAGAACCUCAAGUCGAUGCUCCAUGGGGCAGGAGACGCACCUUGAUGUACAGCCGCGUGAAGCCAAGGGCGGAGCAGCCGCGGGCGGAUAACGGACUCAACGGCGGCGCUGCUGCUAAGCGCUCCCUGUCCGAGUCCCGCGGCCGGGGCGCUGCGGCGCCUGCCGGAUUAACCAAGUCCGCGCUCGACCAUGCCGUCCCCAGACCGGGCCUGAACCCCACACCCGGAAGCGUCACAGCAACAGCAGCUGCUGAUCACGCCGGCGCCGGCCCGGUCCGGUCUACUCUCCUCCAACCCCGCGUUGCCGUCGCGCUCGGCCUCUCCAAGAAAUGGUACCCCUUCCUCUUCCUUUGCCGGCUGGCCUCGAUUGCCCCGGGCGUGCUCUUCGGCCUGCCAAACGCUCUCCGGUUGCUCGCGACACUGCACCUCAUGUACCUUGACCGAGUGCUCGACGGCGGCGCAUCGAGCAAGCUGUGGCGAGGGGCAGGAUCGUCCUCGCCGACGUCGGGUUACGACCCAGCAUUUGAAGCCAGGCUGCGGCUCACCGAGACACUGCUGGCCACCAUAUGGUGCUGCGCAUCCGGCUACCUCUCCUUCUUCUUCACCGACUGCCUCAUGUCGCGCUGGCUGCUGAACUACACCCCACAAGCGACCAUCGUGCGGCUCCUGACCGUCGACGCGAUCAACGGAUACCUUACCUCUUGGGUCCUCCACCUUACAGGCGGCUUCGAGGACCCGCGGCUGAUUCUCCCAGCUUGGAUAGUGAUCUCUACCACAUUGACAGUAUUGUAUCACAUCACCCAACGCAAGAUCAACAUCCGCAAGGAGACGUCCAUGUCCAUUAGUGUGUUUUCCAUCGCCAGCUUCGUCAGCAUGGUGGCACUCUUGGUCCAGCUACAUUCGAACCGCUCCGACUACCCCGAUAUCCCCCUGCUUAACGUUAUCCGGAGGGUAUUACACGAAUCUGGCAAGCUGGCGAUCCGAAUCAUGGAGUAUGGUGAUAUUACGAGGGAACUCUAGCACUGAUGCUUGUUAAAGGAAUAAGGCGUUUUGUGGCGUUGUCUUGUCCAGAGAGUGGUUUCCGGUUCGAAAAGAAGGGGUAUGGGCACUGGGGGGUCACGUGGAAGCUCUCAGGGGAAGGAAAAGACAACGGCCAGGCAACAUUGUACAUACCACCUGGAAUCACGGUCGACAGCCGCGUACAAUUU